UCCAGCCGGAUGUAUUUUGAGAUCGCAACAAAGAUGGCGGCUUCCAGCAGUCGAACACGCCUCCGGUAUCUGCUCCAUCUGGCUCAGGAUAAUCUGGACUUCAGGUUACCGGAGAUUAAGGCUCUGCUGGCCCUCAGAGGAAAACCCUUCCAUCCUGGUGAAAACUUCAAAGAAAAGGCUCCUUUCUGGUGUCUGGAUGGUUUGUGUGAGGAUGAUGUCCGAGGCAUCAUGGCCAGAUCUGUUUGUGCAAAGUCCGCUUUUGAAUUAUGGGGCCACGGGCAGACACACAGUGAACUCAGAACAUCCCUCUUGAACUACCCAUCAGAGAACAUGUUACCAUUCAUGCACAAAGACUCCACCUACAGAAUCAACGUCUACACUUUCAACAAGACUCUGGAGUUUCCAGACAGAAUCAAAAGGAUUAAUGCUUUGGAGUAUCUUCCAUUUGACGGCACAGUGAGUCUGAAGAGCCCCCAGCACAUCUUCUGUUUGUUGGAGGAUUACGGCACAGACCCCAACAACAUCCCCGAGCAUCCAUACUACAUAUACUUUGGCCGAUGGAUAGCGGACGGUCAACGUGAACUGAUUCGCUCCCACAGUGUGAAGAACAGACACUUCAUUGGAAACACCAGUAUGGAUGCCGGACUCUCAUUCAUCAUGGCCAACCACGCGAAGGUCAAAGAGAAUGACCUGGUUUUUGACCCGUUUGUUGGCACAGGGAGCCUGUUGGUAGCAUGUUCUCAUUUUGGAGCCUAUGUCUGUGGAAUUGACAUUGAUUACAACACCAUUCAUGGCAGAGGUCGGUCGAGCCGUACAAACCAGAAAUGGCGAGGACCCGAUGAGAAUAUCAGAGCUAACCUGCGGCAAUAUGGAAAAGAGAAGAUGUAUGUGGAUGUGAUGGUGUCUGAUGCAUCCAAGUCUGUGUGGAGGGAGGCUGCUCUGUUCGAUGCCAUAAUUACUGAUCCUCCAUAUGGUAUCCGUGAGUCCACAAGGCGAACAGGCUCCCACAAAGAUGUCACCAAACCUGCUGACGGCAUAUAUUUAGAGUCCCACGUCCCCGUCUCACAGGCGUACCAUCUCAGUGACAUCUUCACAGACCUGUUAAACUUCUCAGCCCGUCACCUGGUCAUUGGUGGGAGGCUCGUCUAUUGGCUGCCUGUCUACAGGCCAGAAUACUGUGAGGAGACGGUUCCUCUUAAUCCAUGUCUCCAGCUCAUCAGUAACUGUGAGCAGAUGCUCUCCAGCCACACAUCACGACGCCUCAUCACCAUGGAGAAGAUCAAGGAGCCAGAGGAGUUCGACAGCCUGGCUCACCUGGCGGAUCCACGCUUCAGCCCCUACCAGGGACACAAUGCCUUCAGAGAGAAGUAUUUUAGCGGAGUCAACAAGAGGUGUUGCAAGGAGGAGAACAAAUCUGAUAUUAAUGGAGAAUAAAUUGGUGCCUCAGGAAAUCUGACAAAACAGCUUUUCAGUGUCUUUACUGAAACGAGUCAGGUUGGUAGUGUAUUCAAGAGAGAACUUAUUUGUUAUAAUUAUGCUUUUUUAAUCUUUCUUACUAUUUUAAUUGUGAUUACUCUUACGCCUGUACUUAUUAUUUUGCAAAUAAAUGGAUAAAAUGUU